AUGGGCCAGAAGUCGAAACCACCAGCAGACGACAAUGAUUUCGUAUUUACAUUGUCUGAUGACGAAGGCUUCGCCAUUGACGUUGACGAGACCGAAGAUAUAAGCGAAGAAACUUCAGCAGCCGAAACAAAAAUUUCGAAGAAGCGAAAGCGUGAACAAAAUGCAACUUCACAACCAUCGAAGCAGACAAAAAAGCAGAAGAAACAAGAACAGAAGCAAUCAAAGAAAGGGGAAAAGGUGGAAUUAGAAAGAGAUUAUGAUGCUGGGAUUGUGACUGAGGAGGAGAAAAUAGACGAAGGGGAAGAUGAUGGCGUCCUGAAUCCUGAUUUCGAGUUUGAUAUUGGUGGGAAUGCGACUCGUGAUGUUAUUGAAGAUUUUGAUGGUUGGGGUGCGGAUGAUGGGAAACAAAAGGCUGCUGGUGGGAAUAAGAAGGCGGUGGAUAUUGAUGAUAUAAUUGCUCGUCGCAAGCAGAGGAAGGAAGAAGAAAUUGAGAGGAAGAAAAGAAAGGCCGAGAGGAAGGGAGAGCAGGAUUUUGAGGGUUUCGGUAGUGAGGAGGAGUAUGGUGACGAUGAUGAGGAGGAGGAUGUUGGAAUGCCUAAUUUUGAUGAUGAUGAAUUAUUGGCAGCUGAUGGCUUUGGCAUGGGUGUUGACGGCGCCGAGCCGGAAGAGGACAGGGAUGAGGAACAAAAAAGCAGCGAUGAGGAGGAUGAUUCAGAAGCAGACGACCAUGAUAAUGCUCAUUCUGAUGACGAAUCCGAUGCUGAGUCCGAUGAUUCGGUAGCAUCCCCCGUCGCGCAUCCAGACGACAUAGCUUCCGGCGAAGAGUCCGAGUCUGAGAGCGAGAACGCCGAGGAAAUAGCUAAACGAAAAGCUUUCUUUGCUCCCGAGGAACCUGCCUCAGCAGACAAAGAUGCUGAUGACGCCGCCCAUGGCUCGUUCCAGAACUACAACCUCUCUCGUCCUAUUCUUCGAGGCUUGGCAGCUGUUGGAUUCACAAAACCUACACCGAUUCAGCGAAAGGCUAUCCCAGUCGCCCUCCUGGGCAAAGAUGUCGUCGGUGGUGCUGUCACUGGUUCCGGUAAAACGGGUGCAUUUAUCAUUCCCAUUCUAGAGCGUCUUUUGUAUCGACCACGCAAAGUGCCUACCAGUCGUGUGGCUAUCCUUAUGCCCACUCGUGAAUUGGCUGUGCAGUGCUACAAUGUGGCCACGAAACUUGCGACGUAUACUGAUAUAACUUUCUGUCAACUUAUCGGCGGUUUCAGUCUACGCGAGCAAGAGAACGUUUUAAAGAAACGGCCUGAUAUUAUUAUUGCCACACCCGGUCGUUUCAUUGACCAUAUGAGGAACUCUGCCAGCUUCACAGUUGAUACUCUGGAAAUUCUUGUUCUUGACGAAGCUGAUCGCAUGUUGGAAGAUGGUUUCGCCGACGAGUUGAACGAAAUUCUUACUACGAUCCCCAAGUCCCGUCAGACCAUGCUUUUCUCUGCUACGAUGACGGAUUCCGUUGAUAAGCUCAUUCGUGUUGGUCUAAACCGUCCGGUACGACUGAUGGUGGAUGCGAAGAAGCAGACUGCUGGCACGCUGGUUCAAGAAUUUGUUAGACUGCGACCAGGCCGUGAAGACAAGAGACUUGCUUCACUCAUACACCUGUGCCAACAAGUCUAUGCAGCUCGUGUGAUUAUCUUCUUCCGUCAGAAAAAAGAAGCGCAUCGCGUCAGGGUUAUUUUCGGUCUGUUCGGAUUAAAAGCAGCCGAAUUGCACGGUAGCAUGAGCCAGGAACAGCGUAUCAAAAGUGUUGAAGACUUCCGUGACGGAAAAGUCGCUUUCCUACUAGCCACAGACGUCGCUUCUCGUGGUCUCGAUAUCAAAGGCGUCGAGACCGUUAUCAACUACGAAGCACCCCAAACCCAUGAAAUCUACCUGCAUCGUGUCGGUCGUACUGCCCGUGCCGGCCGAUCCGGUAGAGCAUGUACAUUGGCAGCCGACCCCGACCGAAAAGUUGUCCGCGCUGCAGUCAAAGCAGGCAAGACCCAAGGCGCCAAAAUCGUCAGUCGAGUCAUCGGCUCCGAAAUCCAGGACAAACUCGCUGAGGAAAUCGAAGGUCUAAGAGACGAAGUCGACGCCAUCCUACGUGAAGAGAAGGAAGAGAAAGAACUAGCGCAGGUCGAAAUGCAGACCUCCAAGGGUGAGAAUCUACUCAAACACCAGACUGAGAUCAUGUCCCGACCAAAGCGUACUUGGUUCGAGACCGAGAAGGAGAAACAAGAAGCACAGAAACGUGGGUUGAUAGAACUCAACGGCCUCGAUGCAUCGUUGAGUAAGAAGGAGAAACGGAAAUUGAGCGGCAAGGAAAAGAAGCGGUUGGAUGAUACCCGGGAUCGAAAAGAGGGGAGAAUGUGGAAGAAAGGAAAGAAGGAGCGAGAGAGUAAUAUAGCUCCGCCGAAGAAGGGCUCUGGGAAGAAAGGUGGGAAUAAGAUGAAGGGCAAGAAGGGUAGAAAAUGA